AUGCAGGCUGCUGGGAGAAAGGUGGAGAUGGAAGGUGGCCAGAUGGAGAAAAAGAAGAGGAAACAGAGCAGGAUCAAUAUGAGCGAGCGCGGCGAGGCGCGGCCCGGCGCCAGCGAGCAGCGCAGCAUCAUCAGCCAGUACCUGCGCCAGCGCGACCCGCGCCUCUUCAUCAGCAGCCAGCGGCGCGUGGUGCGCUCCUUCCUGCCGCCCAUCUUCCGCAGCCGGUUCGCGCCGGCCGAGACGGCCGCAGCGCGCUGCCAGAUGGCAGAAACACAGCGUACCAUGGAGCGCACGUACUCGACCAAGAAGCACCGGAUGCCGGCCGAGCAGGAGCUGGAGGACCGCAUUCUCCGCGAGCGUUGCCAGCUGCCCAUGCUGAGCAGGGCCAGCGCCCACUGCCAUCGGAGCGAGAUGAAGCACAACUUCUGUAUCGACGUGCUGGAGCGAGGCUGCCACCAGACGCACACGGAGAUGUUCCACAUCCUGCGACGCGACGAGGCGGUGAAGGCGGCCAUGGCCGAUCCGCCGGCGCUCAUCGAAUACACGCCGCACAAGCUGCAGAAGCUCAAGCAGUGCCUCGUCGACAUGGAAGAGGCUGUCCGGAAAUUGGAUUAUAUGUCCGGGUACGCCUCCGCAAACGACCUGGCAUUUUUCUUCCUGAAAGAGCCCGCUGAUCUGUGGCUGGCUAAGCACUUCUUCGAUAAAUGCCUCGAGUUCGGGAAGAAGAUCGAUGACGACGGGAAGAUGCGGGAGAGCGAGGCGCAUUGCAACGUGGGCAUCAUGAAUUUCUUUGAUGGCAACAUCGACCUGGCGCUGACGCACCUGGAGAAGUUCCGUCGGCUCUCCUACAAGCAGGUGUGGGAGACGAUCGACAACUACUCCUACUAUCGCUACUCGUGCCUGCUGCUGCAGGACGUCUACCUCAGCCAGGCCGUGGCCGCCGAGAAGGAGGACCUGGAGAAGGCUUUCAAACUGUACCUGCGCGCCUCGGUCAUGGCCAACCAAGCCCAGAACAUGCAGGCUGAGGCGAUGGCGCAAUACAACCUGGGUGAGAUCCAGGAGAAGAUGUGCAACUGGCAGAACGCACUGCGCCGCUACGACGCCUACCUGCGCCUCUCCGACAAGCUUCUCAACUUCAAGGGCGUGUGCACGGGCUGCUUCAAGGUCGCCAAGUGCCACGAGGCCAUGGAUAAGCUGCCCCUGGCCGUGGAUAACCUGAAGAGGAGCGAGCAUAUCGCGCGCGGGCAGCACCUGGACGAGGAGAUUAUCCGGGCCAGCUCCGAGCUUGGUCACAUCUACCUCUCCAUGGGCAAGAACGACCUGGCGUUCCGGCAGUUCAUGCAGGCCUACCAGUACGUGGAGCUCUCGGAGAACGUCAUCAACGACCACAGCUACGUGGCCAGCGCCAUGGUGGGCAUCUCCAGCGCCAGCAGGCUGCUGGCCGACUUCAACGAGCUCGUGUACGUGUGGGGCGACGAGGAGUUGGAGCGGGUGCUCGCCUGGAAGACGGCCCGGGAGGGCAUGCACGUGGAGGAGCGCGCCGGGUCGAAGUGGAUUUAGCAUCGGCCUGCGCUGCCGGUGGUGCUGCGAUGUCUUCAGCCGCCAGCUUCAGCUUCAGCUUCAGCAGCUGUGUGUCGUGCCGUCGCUAGUUUCGAAGGCGAGAGGAGAGGAGGGGAUGCAGCCCGCGAUGCUGCGGAAGCUCCGCGGGGCGUGCAGCUGUCCGGUGGCCCAGGGCGGCCUGUUGUGGUGAUGGCGACGCGACGCAAAAGUGUUUCAGUGACCGCGGAAGUCCAACCGACGGGGGACAAAGAGCUUGCUUCAGUGUCUGGAUGCUGGUUGUGAGAUUGGGAUUGGCAAAUCCGUUGUUGAAAAAUGCUCAUUAUAUUUAGCAUGCAUAUGUUGUGUGCUUGAUAUGUGUCAGCCCAA